AUGUUAAAUUCAAAUAAUGAACGACAAAGAGAAUUACUUGAUAAUAAUUCAAAUACUGAACAAAUUUCACCAUUAUCAAAUCGUUUUUUAGUUGCACAUUCAUCGCCAGUACUUGAUACAACAACAACAGAUGUGAUAACUCGUGUACAAGAUGAUUCAUUUCAAUCAUCAUCAUCAACAUCAAAUUCGAAAAGUAGUUCAAGUACAGCAAGUCGUUCAUCUCGUCUUCAAUUCUUAAUAAUGCAACAACAACAUUCAACUAUGAACUCACCACUUAUGUAUUCUCGUUGUACUUCACUUGGUUCAUUAUCAAGUUAUGAUAUUCGAUCAUCUUGUAAUGAUUCAUAUACAUCAGAAUGUAGUUCAGUGAAACCAUCUGGUUUAAUAUCACCAAGUGAUAUGCCUGAUUCACCACCGUGUGAACCAGAAAUACUCGAAGAAGAAGAAGAAGAACAACGGCAACCACAAACAAGACCAAAUAAUCGUACAUUAACAAUGAAUACAACAUCAAGUCAAAAUCGAACAACAAUGAUGAGUGAAACAGUUAUUGAAAAAACUUUUAUAUUCAAUCAACAAGAGUUUAUUUCAAAUCGAAAUAAUAAUAUUAAUCAUAAUAAUGAUGAUGAUUAUGAUGAUGAUGACGAACGACUUGAUGAAGUUAUUGUUUAUUCAUAUGAUACAUCGGAUAUAAAUCAAAAUCAUAUUAAUAAAUCUUCAUAUGAUAAUGAAAUAUUAUUUGAUGAUGAUAGUUAUCGAGUAUUUAAUAGUGAAACAGAUGAAAAUGAUUCUCUUAUAGAAGAUAAUAUCGUCAAUAAUGAAUCAUUUACUGUUCCAUCACAUGAAAAUUUAAGUGUAAUUACAGAAGAAUCUUCAUUUACUGAUGAUAUUAAUUCAACUGAUGAAACAAAUAGUAUAAAAAUUCUAUAUGAUCUGAUAAAAAAACCACAUUGGACAAAUAAAAAUAAUUUAAUAGAACAUCAAUCAUCACAUUAUUCAAUAAAACAAUCAAAUCAUCUGGAAGAAAAUACGAAUACAUCACUUAGUAGUAAUCCUAGUAGUCUUAGUCUUGAUAGUAAUAAUGGAAAUGAAACUGAUGAUGAAGAUGAAUAUGAUCAAGAAAAAGGUCGACAAUUAAUACAACGUCUUAUUGAAGAAACUCUUGCUAGAAGAUCUGUUCCAACUGAUUAUCUUCAUUCAACUUCAUGCGUACAUUGUCCAUCAAAUACACCAAUGACUAUUGCAACACGUAGUGUAUCAUCAUCAUCUUCAAGCUCAAUAUCGACGUCGACAAAAUCAUGUACAUGUAUCACAAAUCGAUCAUCAAAUUCAAUUCAACAACCACAACGGAGUCAAAGUUCACCAGCUAGACCUUCUUCAACUACAACAGAUGAUUCAAAGCGACAAACUAAUAAACAAAAGGAAAAUACAGUACAUCAUACUCGUACUUCAUAUUUACGUCUUCGCCAAGCUCAAGAAAAUAAACGACUAUAUCAACAAGAUAAAAAAUUCUAG